AUGGAGCAGACAUUGGACAGUGAAGACCAGCCUGUGCCCUCCUCCAGCACCUCAGCAAUGGUCUCUCCCACUGACCUCCGACCUCACGGCACCCUGCUCCUCCACACCCCUAAAACAUUACAGUCCACCCAGGCUGCACAGAACCAACCUCUCAAACAGUACUUCCAGUCAGACCUGUACCAUCACUUCUCCUGCAGGGCAAGAGAGGUGAUAGAAAGAGUUGACGCUGAGAGAAGGAAGAGAAGGGACGAAGAGCUAAGGCUGCCUGUCUUCAGACCUACCAAGUUCGUCAAACCUCCCGUGUGGACCCCAGACUUUCCUCCCGGCUCCAGAACUCGUAAACCCCUCGUGAGCCCCAACAGCUCCCCUCCACUGGUCAGACGGCCCCUGGAACAGGCAACGUCGCCGGCCGAACUGAGCAUGGAGAAAGUCCAGGCGCUUGUCGCCAAACCUUUCAACACCAUCUGCAAAGGCGUUCAUGGUUAUGACGAUGAAUUCCCCAUCCUCAUGACCAAGCCAGACAACAACAGUCAGGCGGCAGAGGCACAAAAAGUGGGGAAGUCAAGGCCGAAAAGAUACAAGAAGAAAUGGAAGGAUGGUGUGAACAGUGGACAGAGGGCACAGGAUGAAAAGCUAUGUAAAGAAAUUGAGGAGCUGUUGAAGAAAACGGAAUGCCCCCAGCCUUUGGAGGCUGUGGAGUAUUUCAAGCUGCUCCCAGCUCGUGCCUUAGCACAGAUCUUUCUCCGCCUGGACGCCCGCUCCUUGGGAGCAUUCAGAUGCACUUGUCAAGACUUCAAGUAA